GCGCACGCACCACAGAACUCGCUCAGACCCAGCCAGCGAGCGAGCAGCGUGUCAAACGCUCACAAAAGAACCCGUCUGCGGCCGUCCGGCCACGACCGCCACCGCUCGAGCUCUUCGCCUUUCUUUACCGCCUUCCUCUCGCUUCCUUCCUUCUCUAGACACAGGAGCCGGGGGAUGCCGCUUCUACACCGAAAGCCCUUCGUGAGGGAGAAACCUCCGGCUGACCUCCGGCCCGACGAGCACGUCUUCCACUGCAGGGUCACCAACGAGAUCUUCAGGGACUACGAUGAAUUUUUUGAAAGAACAAUUCUUUGUAAUAGUCUUGUCUGGAGUUGUGCUAUCACAGGCAAAUCUGGACUUACCUAUCAAGAAGCACUAGAAUCGGAAAGGAAAGCCAGACAAAAUAUCCAAAACUUUCCAGAACCUCUCAUUGUUCCAGUCUUAUACUUAGUUACCCUCACUCAACGUUCACGACUUCAUGAAGUUUGUGAUGAUAUCUUUGCUUAUAUAAAAAACCGUUAUUUUAUUGGUGAACUUGUUGAAGUACUUAGGAAUAAUGGUGAAAGAUUGCACUGUAAAAUUUUGGAAAUCAAAACACCAGUACAUCAGAAUGGAAUGGCCAAUGGCCAUGCCAAAGGUGUUGAUGGAGUUACUAUUAUCAUUAGCGACAGUGAUGAUUCAGAUUUAGAUACCAGUUCUGCACAAAAUGGGAAUGAAAAAGCCAUAACUGAUCCUUUUUUGUACAAGUACAAAGUGAAGCCUUUAAAGAAACAACUAUAUGAGUCUGUUACAGUGAAAGCAUCACAGAUAUGCCGAAGAAAGCAUAUUUUUUCUUAUGACAGACUAAAGCUUUUUUUGAAGCAACACUGUGAAUUACAUGAUGGCAUUAUUAAAAUUAAGGCAAUAUCAAUUGCAAAAUACAAGAUAGCAGAACAGACUUUUUUCUAUCUCUUUCCUGAUAAUCCACCCAUCUUUAUGUUCAGCUCUUCAAGUAAACAAAAAAGAUCUUCAAAGCUGACAUCUGAUGAUCAUGAGGACAAAGAUGCUGAAAAACACCUUAGUCCUAGAAAUCUAAGCAACACAGCAAAAGAAAGGGUAAAACUCCAAAAAGAAAAAGAGCAUAUGAGAACCAGCGAAAAAUUAAAAAGGGAGAAAGCAAAUGCUGUGAAAUUCAAGAGAAAAGAGAAACAAGACAAAGAAAAAAGAAAAGAAGAACUAAAGAAGCUUGUGGAGGAAGAAAGACUAAAGAAAAAAGAAGAGAAGGAGCGACUGAAAAUAGAAAAAGAAAAGGAAAGAGAGAAACUACGUGAGGAAAAAAAGAAAUAUCUGGAACACCUAAAACAGUGGAGUAAGCGCAGAGAAGACAUGGAAUGUGAUGAUCUUAAGGAACUUCCAGUUCCAACUCCAGUAAAAACCAGACUACCUCCUGAGAUUUUUGGUGAUGCUGUAAUGGUUUUGGAGUUCCUCCAUGCAUUUGGGGAACUAUUUGAUCUUCAAGAUGAAUUUCCUGAUGGGGUGACUUUAGAAGUUUUAGAAGAAGCUCUUGUAGGAAAUGACAGUGAAGGCCCACUUUGUGAAUUAUUGUUUUUUUUCCUGACUGCAAUUUUUCAAGCUAUGGCUGAAGAAGAAGAAGAAAUUGCCAAAGAUCAAAUAGCAGAUGCUGAGACCAAAGAUUUAACAGAGGCUUUGGAUGAAGAUACAGACCCCACAAAAUCUGCACUAUCUGCAGUUGCAACUUUGGCAGCUGCAUGGCCCCAAUUACAUCAGGGUUGUAAUUUGAAAAACCUGGAUCUUGAUAGCUGCACUCUUUCUGAGAUUCUCAGGCUUCAUAUCCUAGCAUCAGGUGCAGAUGUAACAUCAGCAAAUGCUAAAUAUCGCUACCAGAAGCGAGGAGGAUUUGAUACUACAGAUGAUGCUUGCAUGGAGCUAAGAUUGAGUAAUCCUGGAUUGUUGAAGAAACUCUCAUGUACCUCAGUAUAUGAUUUAUCAUCAGCGGAAAAAAUGAGGAUUCUUCAUGCUCUUUGUGGGAAACUUCUCACUCUUGUUUCUACUCGAGACUUCAUUGAAGACUCUGUUGAUAUAUUACGACAAACAAAACAAGAAUUCAGAGAAUUAAAAGCAGAACAGCAUCGCAGAGAAAGAGGAGCUGCAGCAGCAAAAAUCCGCAGAAGAAAAGAAGAAAGAUUGAAAGGGCUGGAACAAAAGAUGAAAGAGAAACAUGAGAAACUGAAAGAAGUAGAGAAAAAUCCUGCAAUUGAACUGUCUAUUAGUAUCAGUGAUGAAGAUCGAGAAGAGCUUGAUACAAGUACAGACAGCAAGGGGAUUGAAACAAAGGAGCAAGAAGUAGGUGCCAUGACAGAUGAAGAAGAUAACCCAUCACCAAAUAACAAAAAAGAUGGCAGUGAUGGUGGCCGUUCACACAAAACCAUCUUGGAUCGCUGGCGAGAAUCACUUCUUUCUUCUGCUAGCCUCUCUCAGAUCUUCCUUCAUCUCUCAACACUGGAGCGAAGCGUAAUCUGGUCUAAGUCUAUUUUAAAUACUCGGUGCAAAAUGUGUAGAAAGAAAGGAGAUGCUGAAAGCAUGGUGCUUUGUGAUGGCUGUGAUCGAGGCUAUCAUAUCUACUGUAUAAGACCAAAGCUUAAGGCUGUUCCUGAUGGAGACUGGUUUUGUCCGGAAUGUCGACCUAAGCAGCGCUCUAGGCGGCUUUCAUCCAGACAGAGAACUUCUGUGGAAAGUGAUGAAGAGGCUAUAGAACAAAUUAAAGAAGAAGAUGAAACUAGUUAUGAGGAAAUUGAGCAAAGUGAAGAUGAUUAUGAAGAGGAAGAAGAGGAUGAGAAUAUUGACAAUUCUGAUUCUCAAGAAGAUGAGAAAAGCUUAUCCAAAUUGGGGAAGCCUCAAGUAAAACUUACUUUAAGAACAAGAGCCCCAAAGCUUGCUAGUAAUCAACUGAGUACUGGAAGAUACAACUCUCGCAGUCAGCAGAAUACACCUAAGCAAAAUGGCUCUUCAUAUAAAGUUCUUGGAAAGAACAUUAGAAAAACAAAAUCUGCUCCUCCAUCAGUGACAAAAACAUUACGACUUAGCAGUCGUAUUACUCGCCAUAAUCAAGAAAUGCUGAAGGCAGAGGCAUUUAUAGAGUUGACCAGCCAUCGAAGACAACGUAGAGGAACAAAGACAACAGACUCUACUCCAGAGAGUAGUUCUUCUGGUUCCCUUGGCUUCAGAAUUAUUGAUGAGAUGAAUUUAAGGAAAGAGAAAAGCUCUCCAAUAUCAGUGGGGAAAAAAUCACAAGAUACAGAUCCCCCCAAAAGGGGUAGGAAACGUCAGUCUACAGAACCUUCUCAAGUGCCACUGAAUCGGAGGACCUCAGGGCGUCAGGGUGGAGUACAUGAAUUAUCUGCUUUUGAGCAGCUUGUUGUAGAACUGGUGCGACAUGAUGACAGUUGGCCUUUUAUGAAAUUGGUUUCCAAAAUACAGGUACCAGACUACUACGAUAUAAUCAAAAAGCCCAUCGCUUUAAACAUAAUCCGUGAAAAAGUGAACAAAUGUGAAUACAAAGUAGCCUCGGAAUUCAUUGAGGAUGUUGAGCUGAUGUUUUCAAACUGCUUUGAAUAUAAUGCUCGUAAUACAAGCGAAGCAAAAGCUGGAACAAGACUUCAGGCAUUUUUUCAUGUUCAGGCUCAAAAACUUGGACUUUCAAUUGUAUCAGGUUACAUGAACCAU